AGUUUUCUUUUUUUUUUAAAUUUUAAAAUCAGCAUAUUAUUUUAUAAAAUAAGUACAAAUCAAGCUUCCAGUUAUGAGCCAUUACAAAUUUCAUUCAAUAUCCUCUUCAAGCAACAAAAAAAUGGAUCCACUAAAUAAGAAAAUAGAAUUGGUUUUCAUACCUGUUCCUGGCAUGGGACAUCUAGUACCCACACUUGAGAUGGCAAAGGUCCUAAUAGCUAGAGAUGAACAUCUCGUCAUUACAGUCCUCGUAAUCAAGCUGCCUUCUGACAACAAACUCAGCUCUUAUAUUGAAUCUGUCUCGACAAACCCAAACUACAACUCUCAAAUGAAGUUCAUUGAACUCCCUCAAGAUGAGUCCAUCUUACAGUCAAUCACAAACACAACUUUCAUCACAUUUUUAUCCAGUCAUAAGCCUCAAGUCAGAAAUUCAGUGAUUGAAAUCUUGAAUUCAGGAUCAAAUCGUCUUGCGGCCCUUGUUAUUGACAUGAUGUGUACAGCAAUGAUAGACGUUGCCAAUGAAUUUGGACUCCCGACUUAUGUUUUCUACACGUCUGGUGCUGCCAUGCUUGGUCUUCAGCUUCAUUUGCAGAGUCUCAGGGAUGAUUUUAACGAAGAUGUGACAGAUUACGAGGAUGAUCAAGAAGCAGAGCUUUCGGUGACAACGUAUGGAAACCCAUUUCCAGCUAAAUGUUUGCCAUCUAUAGCCUUUGACAAGGAUGGUGGUUCCACAAUGUACCUUGAUCUUUCUAAAAGGCUUCGAGAAGCUAAAGCUAUUCUUGUUAACACUUUCUCCGAAUUCGAAUCUCAUGCUGUCAAAUCCCUCUCCCUCGAUGAGAAAAUCCCACUUGUAUACCCAGUCGGACCCUUGCUAAACCUUGAUAACGAUCAGGUUAACAAUCAAGAUUCUUCUCAGCAUCAAACAAUAAUCAACUGGUUAGAUGAUCAACCUGAUUCAUCAGUAGUGUACCUCUGCUUCGGAAGCUUAGGAAGCUUCAACGAGGAGCAAAUAAAGGAAAUUGCAUAUGCUUUGGAGAAGAGCGGAUGUCGAUUCUUGUGGUCCUUAAAGAAGCCUUUGGCUAAAGAUACAUUUUUUCCAGCUGCUUAUGAUAAUCCAGAGGAUGUUUUGCCUGAGGGGUUCUUGCAAAGGACAGAAGCAAUUGGGAAGGUGAUAGGAUGGGCACCCCAGGUGGCUAUCUUGAGUCAUGAUGCUGUAGGAGGCUUUGUGUCACACUGCGGGUGGAAUUCGACUUUAGAGAGCAUUUGGUUCGGAGUACCACUGGCAACUUGGCCAAUAUAUUCGGAGCAGCAAGCGAAUGCAUUUCAAUUGGUGAAGGAUUUAGAGAUAGCAGUGGAGAUUAAGAUGGAUUAUAGGAAGGAUCUCAGAGGGACCGAAUCGAACGUUGUAGUAAAAGCAGAGAAGAUAGAGAAAGCAAUACAGCAGCUAAUGGAGCCUGAAAAUGAAAUAAGGUUGAAAGUGAAAGGCAUGAAGGAAAAGAGCAGAUUGGUGCCCAAAGAAGGUGGAUCUUCCUACAAUUCUGUUGGACAUUUUAUCGAACAGGUGAUGGACAUCACUAAUUGAGAAACAAUCUUAAACAGCGAUAUAAUUAUUCGAAAACAAUAAAUUUUCUUCUACAGUUUGAUUUGGUCUUCUUCUAGACCACUGCAUUCUUAUAUUAGUUAUUAUGUAGUUCUCAUGUAAAAAUUUUCAGUCCAAGUGUACUGUAUUAAAGUCGGAGUAUGAGGGUCAAACUUAUUAAUGUUUGAUGUGAUUCAGACAUAGAA